AUGUCUACCUCAACACCAGUGUUCUCCUUUGGCCAGGUCCAAGACCCCUCCUCAAGCGACAAUCACAAUCACAACCACAGCCACAACCACAACAACAAUACAACAACGCCUUCGACAUUCCCCUCUUUCACCAACUCCUUCUCCUCGCCCUACGAACCCCAAUACCGACCAAAAAUCAGCUCCCCGCUCUCUUCCUCACCCAUCCGACCGUUCGAUCCAAUAACAAUGUCCCGAUCGUCACCACCACGUUCGCCAACCUCGAAACCUCGAGGAAUCUUUGGAGGACAGACGCAAUCCUCACCGAUCUUUGGGUCUUUAUUACAAAACCAAGGGGAAGCUUCAAAUCAAAAUGGACAGGCCGUGGCAGAUGGACAACAGGGACAGGGACGAGAACAGAACAAGUUUCUAAAAUACAACUCCCGCCCUUCUCGACCAAUGAACCACCCCUCGUUCUCCUCCAAUCGCAAAGAAGACCGCCGGCGAUUUUUUUUGCAGAAUGUACGGCAACGAGCGGAUGAUAAAGCGUGGGAGAGGAGGGGUGGGGAGAAUGAGCUCCUAAAACUAGAAUGGCUCCGCUUCAACCGCGAACUGCGCCUAGCAAAAGAAGCUUCGGCGCCUCCCAACCCCUUCUCCCCCAAUGGCGUCCAGUCUCACACCGACUCUUUCGAGGAAGAAAUGGAAGAGCUCGCGCAGCUCCGAGCAAAGUUCAAUCACCAGCAACAAUUCCUCGAAGGAUUGCUGGAAGACCAACCGCCGGGGCAAGAUAUGGAUGCGUACAUGGCGGAGAUGAUCGCAAGAGAGGAGGAGGCGGAGUUGGAGGCGUUGUUGGCGCUUAAUCAGCAGGCGCAGGAGGAUUUAAGAGUACGUGGAGGACAGGAGGGACAAGGGCAGCUACAACAUCAGGGGCAGCAGCAACAGGGUGAUUUGAUGGCGGAUGAGGAUGAUGAUGAGUAUGAUGAGCUGUUUAUGGAGGUUUUGGCGCAGCAGCAGGGGCAGCUGGGGCAGCAGCACCAACAACAACAGGCAAGUGGUAGUGAUUUGGGGAUACAACAUCAUCACCACAGUCAGGACGACGUGGAGAUGGGAGGGUGA